AUGGGGGAGCAACGAGCAAACGCUGGGGCGAAUGCAAACCCAGGGUAUUACGCAACCCGCGACAGCGGAAGCGCAUGCGACGAGAUGGUGUCGAUGGGACACAAAGCACAGAUGGUGGAUGGCAUCCCCUCCACACUUCCCAAGACCCGCGACCCGAAUGACGUUGGGUUGGGUUGGGGAACAUUGGACCAGGGUUCCCCUGGUGAACGGGAGGGACUAUCCAGAAAGUCUCACCUUGGCACACCAUGCGUUGGUUUUGUUUCCGAGCCUGCGACUGGGCGGUACAGUAUUGCACACCUCUGCGAGAGACCAACGAAACAGCCUGAGGCGAUGGCCAACGAGAGCAAGCGGAGGGCAGCGGAAGUGUAUACGAAGGUGGAAGGGGAAGAGAAGGUGGAAGUGGAGUGGGAGGGGGUGGGAGGGGGUGGGCACAAAUUGGCGCGAGAUCGUUUUGGCUCCAGUGCUAUCGUACCAAUCGGAGGGCGAUCGCAUAGGGUGGUGCAAAGUUAA